AUGUUGUUUGAGGAAAGAAAUGGUAGUGCUUAUAGUGAAAGACUUGCUAAUCAGAUUCAGAUUAAGCUGGACAAUGCUCCAUUCAAACCUCAUAACUUCAAAUUAGCGUACGAUCUGGACGCCUACGAAGCAGCCAAUGAGAAGCUGCAGAAGAGAAAUACGCCUCACAACACAAACCCUGCCACCCCGAGCAAGAUGCAGUUCAAAAUUCUGUCCGACAGUCAGAACAGCCGGAUGUUCUUUGAGGCCAUGAAGCUCAGCAACCUAAGGAAGCAGGCGCAGAAACAGAAACAGAUCGAAAUCAACAACAAAAAUUCUUCAUCUCCUUUUCAAACUUCCGGCAAAUUUUAUCAUUUGAAUUUUGAGCCAAUGAGAAUCGAGGAUUAUAGAGAACUAGACGAGAGUAAGAUUAAUGAGGAUUUAUCGGAAAUUCCAAACAAAAUGAAACUACAAAAAAUCUUUAAUGACCAGCGUGCUAUAAAUAGCAACAACGUCAAUAACUACAACAACAGCAACAACAGUAACAACAACAGCAGCAGCAACAACAAUUAUUACUAUAACAACAAUGACGAGUCAUGCAAGAAUUUAGAUUCCCGAAACAACAAUGAUAUCAAUUCGGUGGACUUGUGCCGUAACGCUAACAACAGCUAUUAUAACAACAACAAUUGUAAUGCAAAUACUAACAACAACAACAACAUUAAUGAUGACAACAAUAACAUGACAUACAACAACAACAACUAUCAGAAAAUAAUCUGUAGCAACAACUGCAACAACAACAGUAACAACACAUUGUCACUGCCUAAGAAUAUGACCAACGAUGAUGAAAAUAAAAAUCACAUUAAUAACAAACCAAAUAACGUCAACAAUAACAAUAUCAUCAACAACAGAAUAUUACAUUACAACAGUCAAAACAAUAACAUAAACCCACACGCAAAAUCCACUCCACAAAUUCAACAGACGAACGAAAGAAAGAACAUGACGAAGGAAAAUAUGGCUAAACCCCCAAGAGCAGGUCAAGGUCGAAAGCUACCGAACCUUCCAAAGACGCAGCAGAACAAUGUAUCAAGACUUUGUUAG